AAAAUAUACGUAUAUGAAGUAACCAGAGUAAUAUCGUAUGUCUAUUGUUAAUAAAAAUUACUAAACGUAUUUUUGAAAAUCACAUUUGAUUUUAUUUCUUUUUAAAAUCAAUUCAUAAAGAAAAACAUAGCUAUUUGUUAAAAUUAGUUUCUUACCUUCGAUAAGUCUUUUGCUAUACUGCCAAGGUAACGUUUACAUCUUACAGCAAUGGCGUCCUGGUAUGGGUCACAAUGGCUUGGGAAAAGUGAUCUAGAGCCACAGAAGGACAAUGCUUUUUAUGGCUCUAUGUUAUCGAGAAAAUAACUAAAGAAACGCACAGCCCUUUCAACUGUCAAAAAAUUUGAUAAUGGGUUCAGGAGCUAGCAACCAAGUGCGCUCGGACGGCGUAGAUGAUGUAUCGUCGAUAAGAAAUGACUUGGACUUGGACUGCAAAAAUUCCGGAAAAAUUCGACCAUCUUCAAGCACCAGUCUAGUCUCUCAAAAAGGUUUUAAAAAAGGACGUGUUGACAGCUCUCGGGUUGAUAAAGGCAGCCUGAACAAGAGGACCACAAAGCCAGGUGAAGAUAGCCAGUCAAGCGUCAAGACAAAGUCAUCUCCGAAGACUCUGACACCUGUGCAUUCAGUGAGCAUGACUGGGACUUCAAACACUUCCCCUGUGACUCCUUUGAAUUCCACAAAUUCUGUGGUGCACCCAUCAGUUGAGAAGAAGGGAAGUGCAUUAUCAGAAGGUCAGCUGACAGAAAAGAUUAAACACCUUGAACUUGAGCUGGCUAAGUCAGAGAGCCAAAGAUUGGACAUUCAAGAUCAAGUGCAAAUUUUGGAAGAGAAAUUAAAAAGUGCAGGGUCGCAAUCCAGGCUUACUGAUGAAGCAACAGAUCUCAGUGAAACUAUCCAUGCUAAGGACCAAUAUAUUGUCAAGUUGGAAAAAGACCUAAAGACUUUGCAAACUGAAUCUACUACUAUGAGACUGAAGCUGAAAAGACGAAUUAAAGCCCUGACAAAUCAGCUUCAUGAAGUAAGGCAAGAAGCGUCUAUCAACCAGAUGGAGCUUAAGUCAGAGAUAGCGCAGUGCAAAGAAAAAUUGAAAAGUACUGGAGGUCAAACGAGUGGUACGAGUACAGAGGAGUCUUUCAAACAGGAUGGUUCUCACAGCCCUAGUCACUCCAAAGUCAUAGUCGAACUGUCAAACCAACUAUCGGAGCAGAGCGAGAGGAUAAGUACCCUGGAGACACAGGUAAAAGAGAAAGAUGCUUUCAUUCAGAAACUGCAGGCAGCCAAUGGAAAGCCCUCACGCACAUCCCAAGUUGCUUUUUCUAAAACAAUAGCAGUGAGCAAUUCUAAUGUGAAGUCAUCUCCGAACUCUGAAGAUGUCUCCUUUGACAGGCUUCACUCAAGUCGAGGACUGAGAAAUGGUCAGACUUCCACUGCAGCCACAAGAGAAUCUCCACUGCUCGUGGAUGACGACGAUUUUAAUCCAGAACCUUCCUCUCGACCACAAAACAGCCGCAUGUCUACUGCCCUAUCUGAUUCUGACUCAGACUGGGGAGCAGAUGAUGUCCCAGCUCUCACACGGAGUGCCCCAGCCAGGGUGCGGGUGAAAAGUGCCCACAUGUCACAAGCGAAGCAAUCUGUGACAAAAGAGACAAACGCCCUACAGGGUGACGAUGACAGCAUUAUGCAGUACCUCCACAACUCUGACAUUCCAGCCAGGGACAGCAGCACUAGUGAGUCGAGAACCCGGCCGCACAAGAAGUCAGCUCUGAGAAAUCAUCUAGAAAAGAGAAAAAAUGAAAACCAAAUGAGUUCAUUGAUGGGACCUUCCAUUGCCUUUGCAAAUCCUGGCCAUGAGCUUCCAUCUGACACUAGUUGUGAACCUACCCCAAGGUACAAGGACCCAUCACGUUUACCAGGCUUCUCUAAGCUCACUGUCGUCCAAGCCUCAAACAACUGAACACCAGUUUAGAAAAGAACUUAGAGUGAUAUUUUUCUGUGUGCCUUCAAGAAUGUUUCUUAGUAGAUAAAACUGCUUCACCUGCCACAGGAUGUCACAAAGUGCUUUCAAUGAGAGUGAAUUUCAAACAUGGAGAAGAGAGAUGCAAUCUGCAGAUGAAUUGUUUGGUCCUUGAAUAAGAUUGCUGUCUUUGGAAGAAAAACUGAGUUUUGAAUGGAUACUUUUUCCUUAUACUUACUUAUCGUCUGUGGAUAGGGACAAGUAUCUUGCCUUCUCAAACUCGUUGCAAUGCUUUUUGCCAGGUUACACUUUAUGAGUAAAGAAUAGGCAUGUGCACCUCUAAACCUCUCAACAUGAAAGCCUUAAUUCAUCAUAUAGCUGCCAUACAGGAUGUACACAGACUACGAGCUAUUACAAUUUAAAGUCAUGCUGUAAUUUUUGUAGGACUUAAAAUUUUUUUUAAUAUUACUCGUGUGAUUUCUGUGUAGAAUGUCAUCAUGGUAUGCUCUAGCCUCAAGCUGUACUUUUGAACUUUGACAAAAUCACAGUGAAUGAGUUCAUAAUAUGGAUGUUGUUUUGAAUUACACUGUUCAAUAAAAUUUAGGCAAAUAUACAGCACUUUAUCAUCUGCAUCAAAGACAGGUCCUAAAGAAGAAUAACCCAUGUCUUGUGGCAGGUUGAAGAGAGGUGCAUGAGGUUGAUUACUGAACAUUGACCGAAAACCCAGAAACUCAAAAUUUCAGCACUUGUGUUUAAUUUGUUUAGUAAGAUCACUCUACAGAGAAGUUGGAUAAUCAUCUGCAUCGAUUGUUUUCAGUUUCAGUUGAAAGAAAUGUUUAUUAUCUGCUGAAAGACUGGAUAUUCUUUCAAUAAUUCUGCAAUUUCCUCAACAAUCAAAAGUGACAGAAUCCUCAAAGUAAUAAGCAAUGUCAGAUGUUUUGAGAAAAGCCUAAACUUUUCUUGUUUGAGGUUGUUUCUUCUAGACAUAAAAAAAGAGAUUACAAUCAACAAUGUUUAGACUGUCUGAUGUGUAGAUUUGAAAUGGAGAAUGUUUUUGAAAGUGUGUUGCCUUAACAUGGCUGAGUUUACCUUGAAAUUAGCCAUCAAGAAAAAGGCCUUGCAGCAUUUACAUGAAUCUUAAAAAAGGUCUGUUUGUCUCAUUUAAUCAUUUAAAGGGAUAAAAAGAAUAGUGACAAGGCUAUUUUUUGUCAUUAUGCAACUUUAUUGUGUGAAGUUGUUUCGCGUGUGUCAAGCUUUCAAGUCAUGUUAUAUUCCAACAGUAUUGCUUUGUGCUGUUGACUUUUGGUCACUCACAAAGAAAGAGGCCUUGCCUCAAGAUUAUUGUCUUUAAAUGAAUUUUUAAAAUUUUGCUACUGUGUGAUAGACUGACUGGAAGAUGAGUGCAUUGGUGAAUAUCUGACUGCAUUGAGUGUUAUGAUCUGUGAACAUGAGCACCGAUGUACUCUUUUGUUGGGUGAUUAUUAUUUAUAUAUGGAAAACACUUGUUGGUCUCAAGCAAAGCUGGAAUAUCCUCACUGUGUGCAUGUUGGGAAACUCGGAGGAGUGAGAAGUGUAAAAAAAAAAAUCAAAUGCUGGGUGCUGUUAAUUCUUUGAGGGGUCUACUCAAGGGGAAGAAAAAAAUAAGAGUCUGCUCAACCAUUUCUGUUUGAGAAAUUGUUGCAUGGUAAGUGAUCCUCACCGACCUGGUCAUUAUAACUCUUAGGUCUACAUGUGAUUCUGUUAUGUCAGCGAUGUUGUCUGUUUUUACGCAUGUGUGUGGCGGCCUGGGGACAAUCAGUGGAAAGAUGCACUAAUCAAAAUCAAACUUGGGAUAAAAACAGAAGAGUAGGGUCACAGGUAAAAAGAAAAAAGUUUUCCUCAGCUUUGACUACUUCGAGUAAACAGAAGCACAUCGACACAAUAAUGGUCAUAUAGUGCUGGGAAGAAGAAAGACAGAAACAACAGAGG